CAGAUGGAGAUAGAGAGAGAGAGAGAGAGGAGCUCGUCAUCGUCGUCAUCAUCGUUACGCGCGUGUCGGUACUUUUUGCGGUGUGGCGAUGCGGAGCAGCGCGCGCAUUAACGGGAGCACCGGAUAAACACCAGUGAAGAGGCGAGGAGGAGGAAGAGGAGGAAGAGGAGGAGGACACGGAGAUGGAGACCCUCUGCCAGCGCGUGCACGGACUCGAUUAUAGCUGACUAAACACAGCACCAGCACCGCCGCGACCAUGACCACCGGAGCGCGCGCCAACUCAUCACCGGCGGUGGCGGCGCACGCGGAGGGCGAAGAGAUCGAAGUGUUAGAGAGCGGAGACACCGAGACCGGAACUCACGCGGACACAGAGUGGAAAUCUCUGUUUGAUAAGUAUGACCCGGAAAGUUCGGGCUUCAUCAGCGCCGAGCGUUUGCGUGACCUGCUCGAGACGCACGGCUCUGAACUCGACGCACACAAGCUGGAGGUUCUGCUGGCGCUGGCCAACGGGAACGCUGAGGGAAAAGUCCGAUAUCAGGAUUUCAUCAACCUGCGCGGGGGAAGAAGAAGAACAUUCCGGAGUGUGUGUGAGACGUUUCGUCUCGGCAACGAGCUUAUGAGUAAUAAGCGGUCGAACAGUUUCCGGCGCGCGAUCCAGCAGGGAGGGAGGCAGCUGAAGAGCUCCAGCCUGCGGGAGGAGGUGGGACUCGGUUUGUCUCAGAGACUCGUCCGACACGUAGCGUACGAGACGCUGCCUCGGGAAGUGGACCGCAAGUGGUACUUCGACAGCUACACCUACUGUCCUCCACCCUGGCUCAUCCUGACCAUCACCAUCGCAGAGAUGGUGGUGUUUGUGUAUUAUGGUCUCCUGCUGGAUCGCUGGGUUCUUCAGGUUUCCUCUCCGUCCUUCCUGAAGAGCCCUCUGCCCUACCACCCUCAGCGUAGAGCGCAGGCCUGGCGCUACCUCAGCUACAUCUUCAUGCAUGCUGGCAUCGAGCACCUGGGUCUGAACAUGGCCAUGCAGCUGCUGGUUGGUGUUCCUCUGGAGAUGGUGCACGGAGCCGCCAGGAUCGGCCUCAUCUACGUGUGCGGUGUUCUCGCAGGUUCUCUGGUCGUAUCUGUGGUAGACAUGGCUGCCCCCGUAGUCGGUUCAUCAGGAGGAGUUUACGCCCUCGUCUCCGCCCACCUCGCCAACGUUGUCAUGAACUGGUCAGGGAUGAAGUGUCAGUUUAAAUUGUUCCGGAUGGCGAUGGCGCUGGUCUGCAUGAGCGUGGAGUUCGGCCGCGCUGUGUGGUUGAGGUUUUACCCCCCCGCCGUGCCUCCGUGCCCCAACCCGAGUUUCUGCGCCCACCUGGGCGGGGUGGCGGUGGGCCUGACGCUGGGCGUGGUCGUGCUGCAGAACUACGAGCAGCGUCUGCAUGAGCAGUUCCUCUUCUGGAUCUUCAUCAGCGUCUACGGCCUCUUCGUUCUCUUCGGGAUCUUCUGGAACGUCUUCGCUUAUAGCCUGCUGGACGUCAAACUCCCGCCAGCACCAUGACCAGCGUGCGCGUGUGUGUGUGUGUGUGUGUGUGUGUGUGUGUGUGUGUGUGGAGGUCACCAUAACCUUUAAUCUUUGGCUGUUUGUGACUUGAGAACCAAAUGCUAAGUACCUCACUCCAAGCAUGUGUGUGUGUGUGUGUGUGUGUUUAGUGCCUAAACUGCAUCAUCAUCAUCAUCAUCAUCAUUUGCUGUGUGCCGUCCAAGAAAAAGAAGAGAUGCAGCAGAAAAGAAAGUGAAAGAGAAGGAAAAAGAGAAAAAAAAAUGAACACAGAGUCAACACAGUGAGGCUAAUCAUGCUAAUGUGGCUAACGGUGAAAUAGCGCUAAAGACGAUAAACCAAGAAUUAAUUAAUUAAUGAUUGGUGGAAAAAUCUUUGAUGAUUUUGGAGGUAAUAUUAAAUAGCGAAUUUGAGUUUUUUUGGCCUGUUAAUGACAAAAGUCUGUUAUGAACGCUGAUUAAUAAUUAGCGGAGGGCGGAGUCAAGUGGGGUUUUGAGACUAUAGCCCCGCCCACUUGUUUACAAGCUCAUUAGACAAAAAAUUUACCAAUGAACUUCUGACGAAAGUGAAUUUGUUUUUUUUUUCACUUUCAUAUUCAAAUGAAUUAACGUUUUGACCAGGUCACUAAACGUUACAUUUUUAUAUCAUUAUAUUUUUGCACUAGCCUGUUGUCUUGUUUUUAUUUUUACAAUACUUGUUAACAAACUUGUUAAAGUUUGUUAACAAAAAAUAAAAUACAGUUACCAUGGCGAACAGAAAUCACAAAAUUGCAGCCAAAUAGAAACCUCCGUUUUCAACACGACUGAAAUGAUGCAGCUACGUUUACGCUACGUUUACACUUACGCAACCACUAGCAUUCAACUUCAGCGCAACAGCUGAAGUUAAUUAAUUAUGAUGCGGUAAAAUGACAAAUCUUUAAAUAAAUGAUUCGGGAAAAUUCUUUGAAUCGAUCUUACAGUGGAGGUGUUUUUUGCAACAUUUUUUUCCAAAUUCGUUCUGAAAAGUUCAAUGUUAUUAGCGUAUAAACGUGGAGGAAGUUCUGUAAACUGCAUAAUGGUUUAAUCUUUACGUACAAUUUUACCAUUUUAAUCAAAUGUUGUUGUUUAUUCAACUAUACAGCGUACUGUAUGCUAUUUGGCUGCUACAGUUUUUUAUCGUAACUGAAAACUAGCUUUACAGGCCACGCCCACAAGAGACAAACCAGAAGCAAAAUGAGUGACUUGCGAUGCGUACGACGAUAAAUCUCGUAACUCCAAAUUUCUACAAAUUUUAAAGAAAACGCAUGCUUAGGAAGAUAUCGUAAGGGUUAUGAUAUCGUAUCAAAAUGGCCGCUCGCUGUUACGUCAGUAACUUUGCGUAAUUUUGCGUAAUUCCGUAACUUCCAAGAGUCGAAUGCAACAUUGUUACUUGCUAGUGGGAAUGUAGCUAACGCUAAUAUAAUGUUAUACCAGUAGAAAUAGUGUGUUAAUUCAAUCAAUAAGGAUCUUGCGUAUGAACGCAAAAAACAAAUUGUCGCAAAAAAAAUUGGUUUUGAUGGAGAUGGCAUCAAUAUCGGAUCAGUAUUAAAAUUUGAAUUUGUGAAUAAUAUCAAAUUUAUUCGAAUAAUUUUCGCCAUAUUGUUUAAUUUAUUAAUCGUAGUAUGGCUUUAUUAUAUCAUUAGAAUCCGUAUUAUGAUUAGCAUAGUGGGUCCAUCAUGCUAACUAGCAUGCGUUGACCUUUAUUCACUGUUAGCAGCGUUAGCAUGUUUGAACUAAAGAUCAUAGUGCUGAUGUCAGUUUCGAGAGUUAGCAUUUUGCCUGUUAGCCCUCAGCUGGAUGCUUUCUGAUUUCUGACCCGAAAGCAAAAGAUUUUCGCUCAGCGUUCCUUCGUUCGCGUUAAAAUGUAAACGUGUGUGUCGUGUGUGUUAGCGAAUGUGUGCGAUAGAUGUUUCUAGUGGACGUUCUAUAUUUUUAUAAGCGAUAACAGCGUGACAAGAAAAGCGCUAAUUUUUCUUAACGUUGCCAAAAAUUAUUAAUCAUCUCCUCCUCGGCUCGUCGGAGUUUACGCCUCGUUCUAACAAACGGAUGCGAGUUUUACAGAAAUCCGUUGUUCGUUUGCGCUAAUGAUGCUAUUUACCAGCAACACACUGGAUUUAAAGAAAUAUUUAAGUAUAAAAUGUAAAAUGGCGUGAAAUAAACGUGUAUUUAUAGCUGUAGCUGUGUUUCAGACACUGGACUAAUCGGUCGUGUGUGUGUGUGUGUGUGUAUAUGACGAUGCUAAUGAAGUGUGUGUGUGUGUGUUAUCUAUAGACGGUGCUAGCGUACAUAUGAACUGAAUGUUUCCGUUAGGCGUGUGCCGAUAUUAUAGUUUCAUGACAUGAUAAUCACGGCUUAUGACAAAUUUUAAAGAAAAUACAAUACUUAGGAAGAUAUUGUAAGAAUUUGGGUCAUGAUGAUGUCGUAUCAAAAUGGCUGCUCGCUGUUACAUCAGUAGUAACAGUCGCUAAGAAAAAACAAGUUUUCUUUGUUUUUCCCAACUUUGGAGGUCGAAAUUUGCUUAAUUGUGUAACUUUCAAGUUCCAUCUGAUCAGCCAAUCAGAAAUCAGAAUCGGUAAUAUAUGACAUCGACAUUAGCCUUUCUUUUAACAAGUAGCUAACAUUAGCUCGAUGCUAGUAUUUUAUGCUAAGCCACACAGCGAGCUGAAACAUUAAAAUUUAGGCUAAUGGCGAUCGACUUUGCAGUUGGCUAGUCACGUUUUGACCCUGCUAACUGAUUAUCGGCACACGCCUAGCGUCGAGUUUAGUGACUGUUCUGAAAUCAGCUCGUUUUUUUGGUCUAUGCACAAACAUUCAGCACGGCAGCAAGAUAAAACUGAUACCAGAUCAGAUAUAACAGUGUUGUACAGUCCGGACAGCGCUAAUAGCUACUAAUAACACGCGACCUAAACGAUUUAACACGCAAAUACAGCGAGUUCUGACCUCCUGCUACACCGCUGUCUCUCUUCACAACACCAAUCCAGCAUUUUCACUGUUUUCUUUUUUUUUUUUUAACAUGAAUGUUUAAGCUUUUUUUUUUUUUUU